AUGGAUUUAGGCCUGUAUCUCGCAUGUGAUGGUAGACAUCACGACAUCAAUGGUGUGGAAGGUGUUUCUGGGUCUUUGUUCCGGCUUAAGCAAAGAAUACGCAUCUUCGAAAGUCCAGCAGACAUAAUGUCUGUUUGGCCUGUCCUCAACUAUAAGACUUUGCUACUGGCGAAGAGCUUGAAGACCAUUUAG